GGUGAGUAUUGAACUGGCAAAUAACCAGAAAGUCUGCCUACAUAUACAGAAGACCGCAGCAUGAUUCCGCAGCACAAUCCUAACUUGGACAGAGACCUCCUACGCCAUGGCCGUCAUCGACGAACUCCCCGGUGUGUCAAUCAGCAUCCAAAUCAAUGGCCAAGCUCUCCCAGAGUAUCGUGACGAUGACAUCGAGGAUCCCGAGCGCACAAUCAGCUACAUGAUCGAGGCGAUGCCUAACCAGAUCUUCGAAAUCCACGCUCUCGCUUCUCAGCAGAGUUGCUUCGCCGGCUCUUCUUUGGCAGUUCAGUUCUACGUGGAUGGCAAGUAUGUCGAUGGCGCUCUCAUUGAUGCUUCGGAUUGGAGCGCAAAGAGUGGAGCUAGUGCUAGGAGUCGUGGGAAAUACGUGAGCAGCAACAUGCUGCGGAGAUACCAGUUUGCUUCGCGAGAGCAGCAAAUUGAAGUCGUUGAGCGCAAGAGUGCCUCACUGUCGUCUCGCACUCGCACCUCGGGUAUGUCGAGUAGGACUCCCCUCCCCUCCUACAGGGAUAUCAGCAGACGGUCUGCUGCCUCUACUACCGGCGAUUCAUGGGUCGACGUCGCCCCUCCGAAAUCAUCAUCAGCUACGACGACGAAUUCAAGUACGGCUACGGCAUCUUCUGCCAGAUCUUCUGGGAACUCCGCUACUUUCUCGCAUGCUUCGAGCACGAUUGGUGAAAUUUUGGACGCCUAUGCUGCCAGUCCAAGUGCAACGGCUUCUGACAACUCACCACCGACUACGUCCGCUGCAUCCAACGCUGAAAGUACCACUGUUGGUGCGGAUACCGAUAAUCUCGAAGAGCUGGGUACCAUCAAAAUCAUCGUCUGUCAUGUUAAUAAGAAAGAGCCGGUCCUGUUCGGACAGCGCUCGUCGCAGACUUCGCAAAUCAGUGACACGAAGCAGAAGGCCAUCAAGGACAAGGCUGGGGGAUUGCUUGUGAGGUUCACUGCGCCGCAGCUGGUGUCUCCAGUCACGACCUGGGAUGUCGAUGCUGCUGGUGGAGAUGAGAACAAGGCCGUGACAUUUGUCUAUCACUACCGCACUCUGGAAAUGCUCGACGCCUUGGGUGUGCUGCCCAAGGAAGAUCGACUGCUUCCACCGGAGGAUGCCAGGCUGGAGCCGGUGGAAGAGGAGGUUGGGGAGGAGAUGGAAGGUAUUCAGCCUCAUGCAGGAGCAGAAGUUCGGCGCCAAGGUCUUCGAAGCGAUGCGGUAGCUCAGGAUAGUCGCAGAACCGUUUCAGAAGUUGUCUUUGUGCCCCGGGCAGCGGGUGAGGAUCGAAGUCGGGAUGAGGUUGAGAGUGGUGAUGACUCCGAGAGUGACGACUCUGAGGAUGACGAUGCACCGAAGUGA